CACCACCCCCUGCAUUUGUGUCUAUAUACUGUAUAGAUUUUGAGUUAGCACUACAUUGAUAUAAGUUAUAUAUAAAGGGAUUUGUAUAUUUUUGAUCGGAAAAUUUUAAGAAAUGGCGUCAUCGACGGUAUCGUCAUGGGUAAUGGGUUCAACAUGCAUGUCAGUCGUUGAAAGAGAACAUGAUAAACAUUCUUUGUUUGGGAUUUCUUCUAAGUCUAAAUGCAAAUGGGCUUCUCAAACUCGCACCAGGGUUUUGCCCAAGUCCACAUCCACUGCUCAAACAGGGGAGGUAAUGGCAAUUGCUGCCCAACCGGCCAUGGAAGUUGCACUAAAGAAGAAACCUCUGACCAAGGAAAGGCGAGUUGUUGUGACAGGGAUGGGAGUUGAAACGCCGCUUGGUCAUGAUCCCCAUGAAUUUUAUGAAAAUCUGCUUCAAGGUGUCAGUGGCAUAAGUGAGAUAGAAGCUUUUGACUGUUCACAGUAUCCAACAAGAAUUGCUGGAGAGAUCAAGUCUUUCUCCACUGAUGGCUGGGUUGCACCCAAACUUUCUAAAAGAAUGGACAAGUUCAUGCUUUACAUGCUUACGGCUGGUAAGAAAGCACUGUCAGAUGGUGGAAUUACUGAAGACAUUAUGGAUGAAUUGGAUAAAAGAAGAUGUGGAGUUUUAAUUGGCUCUGCUUUGGGUGGAAUGAAGGUUUUUAAUGAUGCAAUAGAGGCUUUGAGGGUUUCGUAUAGGAAGAUGAAUCCUUUUUGUGUUCCAUUUGCAACUACAAACAUGGGUUCUGCCAUGCUUGCCAUGGACCUGGGAUGGAUGGGUCCAAAUUAUUCAAUUUCAACAGCAUGUGCUACAAGCAACUUCUGCAUAUUGAAUGCUGCUAAUCACAUCAUUAGAGAUGAAGCUGACUUGAUGCUGUGCGGUGGAUCAGAUGCAGCAAUUAUACCAAUUGGAUUGGGAGGAUUUGUUGCAUGCAGAGCACUUUCACAGCGAAAUGGUGACCCUGCAAGAGCUUCUCGGCCUUGGGAUAGUGUAAUGUCUUGCAAAUCUUUUGCUCUUAUUCCUCUGCUUUCCCUCUAGUUGUAAACGUCAACU